AUGCAUUUCGUCGGCAACAGGGCGAUCGUGCUCGGUGACGGAGAAGAAGAGAUUCAACUCUACUACAGUUCGACUUACACUGCUGUAUCGGCUGUCCUACCGGUGGUCGUCAUGUUCCUGGGACUAUCGGCGGCGGAUAAGUUCUACAAAGGAAGCAAAGGAUCUCUCGUUCGGUUUGCAUCACUGGGCGUAUGCGGUGUCUGUGGAGGAGCGGCUGUCACAGAAAUGCAUUACCUGGGAAACAACGGCACUACCAACUACCGGAUCAUCCUAAGCUGGCCACACGUCGUUGGGGCCGCGUCUAUCGCUGUGGGCGCUUGUCUCAUUUCUUUCAGUCUCUUCUUCCACUGGAACAAGCAUUGGAUGAACAACGUCUGGCGACGAAUCAUCGUGGCCGUCGUACUCGCUUUGGCCGUCUGCGGAAUGCACUGGACUGCCGCAGCUGGUACCUGGUAUGAAAUCCGCGGCUACCACGACGGACCUGGCCAAGAGAGGAACACUAACCUCAUCAUCUCUCUUUGUCUUUGCCUGAGUGCGUGUGCUGUAUGCUUCCUUCUCGGCUUCAUCAAGCAGCGUCAGCGUCGAUUGGAAAAGAACCGAGCUCAACAGGUCGUUCUUGCCAUUGCCACAUUCGAUCCGGAAGGAAGACUGCUCGUCAGUCAAAGCGGACUGAUGCCCUGUCAGACAAUCACCCACCAGUUCCACCAAAGAACAUUUGACGACGAAUUCAACACAUCGCAUCCUGUGUUCCAAUGGAUCUUUAGGGUAUCGCGCAACUGGACUGGCAUUUCCGAUCUCAUCCCCACGAUGCGAGAGCAUCUACAAGCGACAGGAUACCUCCAAGCGCCUACCCACGGAAGUAACAGCCGAUCGUCUAUGGAAGCCGAUGACGAUAUCAGCUACUCGGCUACAUUCCGGGAGCUGUUCUGCGUCACAGCGCACGAGAUUGCGCAGACACUUGACACGAGCCUGCAGAAUCUUGGAAAUCUAUAUGAGGAGGUCUUGACAACGGGUACGGUGAUGAACCGCGCAAUCUGGACAGGCAACUACGGUAACAAGACCAUCGUGGCUGCAGACGUAGCGACAAAGGACCUAGAAGCUGGAGCGGUCAACCCCAUCCUAUUCGGAAGAGGUCAGAUGCUUGUACUUACAAAGAAGGUCGACACCACCGAGGCACAUCGACUACACAACCUUGGAUACGGAUUCGCGAGUGUCGAGCAGGUCAGCGACCAUCUGGCUCGCAGCCUGCAAAUCCCGCGCGAUGACCUCGAGAACCUUGUUGGGCGCCUACAGGCUUUCAGCGAGAGGCAGCUAUCCCUUCCCAAGAAAGGCACCUACAUCGGAUCCUUCCUUGUGCAGCCCAAACCCGGUAUGCGAGGCCUGGACGUCAUCGUACCGCGAGCUACACCUGGCCGCAUCCCGAUGGUGAAGCUGAGCAGCGACGAGCUCGACAGUCGGCAGCUGAACAUCCUCACGACCUUUAACGGUUGCAGUCUAGACGACUGUUUGGUGCGCAUCAACAAGCGGACCGCGACCGACUCGGAGGACGAUCUUUUCCUCGACAAGUUCCGCAACAGGAUCAUGGAACUUCUGCGAGACUGUCCCGAAGAAACUCUUCAUCGUUCAGUAUUUUCAUCGCAGCAGAUUGACAUGAUGCACGGUCAGACCGAGUCCAGCCAGGCCACCCUUUUCGCUUUCUGCGGUAUCAAGGAGAUUUACGUGCAGUCACUGCAAAGCCUGACACUGAAGACGAUUCCACUCUCCUUCUUCCAAACGUACCUGAGGUCACAGCCAGGAUGCGCCGACCACGCGAUACUGGCGCAAAAGAACCACAAGGAGUUUAGCAGCCUCCGACGCGUACCCUCCAUCACGAAAAUGCCACCCAGCAGCCGCGGCGGCAAAUGGACUCGCGGUUUACGUUCGAAGCGAUCAAAUUCAACGGAGUUGAGCUGGCAGCAAGCAGAUACGUGCUCGGAGAAGGGUCUGGUCAACUGCACCACGCAUUCCCAAGCUGAGCCUUCGUCGCAUCCAUGGGGAGGCAUCAUGGUUACUUCGACGCAGAACAUUCAUGUGGACGAGACCAAGGCGGGUGCAAAUGUAGAGCUCCACGAUCUCGGUGUUCGCGCCAAUGUUGGCAUGGCAGAGACGGAGCAACAGACAUUGGCAGACCGACUCAUGUCCAUCACGACUGCGUUCCGUGACCCGCACGCGAUUCGCCCGCCAGGUUACCACGGCAUCCGGAAGUAG